UGUAUCAAUGCGCUUUCUGAGGCGGCGUCAUCAAGUCUCUUUACCUUGCGCGCGCCGACGCAAUAACGUCAGCAACGACUUUGAUUGGGUUUUCGCAAGAUGGCGUCGCGCAAGGGCUGAGGUGGGUGGUUUGCUGUUUUCGGGUUCCGUUGUACCCGUACCCCGUUCUAAAGUCUCAUGAAAAACAAAACAUUGAAAACCUGUCUUACUAAAAUUAUUCUGUGUUGAUAAAUGAAGGAAAACAAAGAAAACUCUAGUCCCUCUGUAUCUUUGGCAAACCUGGACCACACAAAACCAUGUUGGUAUUGGGAUAAGAAGGAUUUGGCACAUACACCAUCACAGCUAGAGGGACUUGAUCCAGCUACUGAGGCAAGAUACAGAAGAGAAGGUGCCCGGUUUAUAUUUGAUGUAGGAACCCGUUUGGGAUUACAUUAUGAUACACUGGCAACUGGAAUAAUAUAUUUCCAUCGGUUUUAUAUGUUCCAUUCCUUCAAACAAUUCCCAAGAUAUGUGACUGGAGCUUGCUGCCUAUUCUUAGCAGGAAAAGUUGAAGAAACACCCAAAAAAUGUAAAGAUAUCAUCAAAACAGCUCGUAGUUUACUAAAUGAUGUUCAGUUUGGGCAGUUUGGAGAUGAUCCAAAGCAAAGAAAUAACCCACUGCACAAGGGAAGCAGUGAAACUGGCCACACAGAGUGCAGCCAUAUGCAUACAGAAGAAGUUAUGGUUUUAGAGAGAAUCUUGCUGCAAACAAUAAAAUUUGACUUGCAAGUCGAGCACCCUUAUCAGUUCCUACUUAAAUAUGCAAAGCAGCUCAAAGGUGAUAAAAAUAAAAUUCAAAAACUGGUUCAGAUGGCAUGGACUUUUGUAAAUGACAGUUUGUGUACUACACUUUCUCUGCAAUGGGAACCUGAAAUUAUAGCAGUUGCAGUUAUGUAUCUAGCUGGUCGCUUGUGCAAAUUUGAAAUUCAAGAGUGGACCUCAAAGCCCAUGUACAGAAGAUGGUGGGAACAAUUUGUACAAGAUGUACCUGUUGAUGUCCUGGAAGAUAUCUGCCAUCAGAUUCUGGAUCUGUACUCCCAGGGGAAACAACAAAUGCCUCACCAUACCCCCCAUCAACUGCAGCAGCCUCCUUCCCUCCAGCCUACACCACAAGUGCCUCCAGCCCAGCAGCCACAGCCUUCUCAGAGUUCAGAGCAGUCUCAACCCCAGCAGUCCAAAGACUCCCAACAGGGAGGGACGCAGCAGCAGCAGCAGCAGCAACAGCCACCACAAAUUCAGCCGCCACAAAUUCAGCAACCCAAAAAACCCUCUCCCCAGUCAAGUCCUCCCAGGCAGACAAAGCGACCUGUGGCUGUAUCACCAAAAGACGAAACCAAACUUGCAGAGGUGCCUCCUAAAAUUGCUAAAAUUGAAACUGCUCACCCACCAGUACCAUCUGUGCAUCCACCACCUGAACAUAAACCUCCAUUGACAAGUACAAUUUCCAUAGGAACUGAUCAAGCUACGGCAGUAGAUUCUGUAGAUAUAACCAAGGUCCAGAUUGUUCCACCAUCUCAUCCAGCUCCUGUACAUCAGCCACCACCUAUGCCUCAUCGCCCCCCACCCCCACCCCCGCCUUCCAGCUACAUAACCGGUAUGUCCACUACUAAUUCAUACAUGUCAGGCGAAGGAUAUCAGUCUCUUCAAUCAAUUAUGAAAACAGAAGCACCAACUUAUGGAGCUUUACCACCCACUUAUGGACCGCCAACUCAUUUGCCAUAUCAUCCUCAUGUUUAUCCACCCAAUCCUCCUCCUCCUGUCCCUCCUCCCCCACCCACAUCAUUCCCUCCACCCUCCAUUCCUCCUCCUACUCCAGGAUAUCCUCCACCUCCUACUUACAACCCAAAUUUCCCACCUCCUCGGUUACCUCCCUCUCAUGCAGUUCCACCUCAUCCCCCUCCAGGACUUGGCAUGCCACCUGCAAGUUAUCCUCCUCCGACAGUGCCCCCUGGUGGACAGCCACCUGUACCACCUCCAAUACCACCUCCUGGCAUGCCACCUGUUGGAGGACUUGGCCGGGCCACUUGGAUGAGAUAGCAGUUGUACAUAGCAUUGCUUUUAUCUUGAGCAAGGUGAAAAAUAUUAUAAUCAGAUGAGGCUGCUGUUUGGAAAUAUAGAGGGAAAUGAUACUGGUUUGGUUACAGUUUGAUCAGCAGAAAACAAUAAAAUGUAAAUAGUUUUGUUGAUUGCAACGCUGAAUUACUUUGCGGUAAUAAUAUGUUUUGAACGCCACAUUGGCUGAGUUGUAUUGGUAAGCAGAAAAAAAUAGAAAAGUACAUGCCUACUUGAAUAUCAGGAUUUCAAGAUGAAAGGGGGAAAAGUCCUUUUUGAUUUCAUUACAUAACGUUCCUGCAAAACUUUGCUCUAAAUUGCAAGAACAAUUUAUUUUAUGCCUCUCUGCAUAUAUGUGUGAAUACAUACAACCCCACUUUCUGCCAUUGUUAUUUUGAAAUGAAAGUUGAUUUAAUUUGAAAAUUUCUAUACAUAUAUUUUCAAAAUGUAAAAAAAUCUCUAUGGGAUACAAUGAUUUACACCUUUGUUGUUUCUGAUUCUUGAAAAAACUGUGUUGACAUGUAUCUAAAUAAACCCGCUUCUGAAAGCUGAAAUUUUCUCACUACUAUUCAGUGCCAAUGACUUUCUUUUAUUCCCCAUGCCAACGUCCCCAUCUAAAUGAGGUACCCAACUUGGUAAUACAUGUUUUCUCCAAACAAUUUCUGUAUCUAAUUUCUAAUUUUUUUGCAUUUACUUUUGCCCUUAUACUACUGUUACAUGCAUAUUUACCUGACAGUAUUCACUAUGUGUAGAGAGAUGAAUAAAUUUAUUUAGCAUUACAUAUUAUAUGAUUGAAAAGGAGAAAUAUUGAUCAAACAGAACUGGAGGAUGGCUUACAUUUCUCCAUCUAAUUUUAGCUUAAUGUUAAAAUAUACAUAUAAUGAAUGAAUGAAUCACAGAUUUAAUUAAAAUUGUAAUUUUAUGUUGAUUUCUAAGUAUUUUAAUAUUUUUCAACUUCUCAAAAAUACAGUCAUUACAGCUCCCUUACAAAGAAUGUAUUUUAUUAUCUUCAAUGGAAUGCAUACACUACCACAAACCCUUAAUUUUUACUAAAAUAUUUCAAAUGAAGGUUUUACACACUUAAAAAGUCUUUAAAUUUUCACCCCCCCUGCCACAAAAGCAGUGCUUCAGUAAAAGGUAUAAAUGUGUGCUAAAAUCUAAAGACAUUGCUUAUACACUAUACAUGAGCACAGGUUCUAAUUUACUUUUUCCAAUCAUAUAUAGAAAAUAUGGCAGGGUUGUAAGAUCACAGGUUUAACAGAAAUCAUAAUUUCAUACUUAUUUCCAAAAGCAGCACAAAUAGACUCUUUCCCUACAUUAUGAAAAAUAUACAAUUUUAUCACUUUACAGUCAUGCGCUUUGAAAAACAAAAUCAGUACUUUUUUCUCUAUUCCAGUUUCUAAAAAGGUAAAAGGUCACUUUAAAACAUUGUUUAUUUUUAAUUGCUAUCUUUUGGGUAAACAUUUACCUUUUAAACAAGUUUAUGUUCUUUUACCAAAAAGGGCAAAGUGCACCUGGAUUUUAUCCAAUUGCCAUAUGCUUUUUCCCUAAGAAAAGCAA